AUGUCAAGUAGCGACGUCGCCAGCACUUCUUUCCCAAGAGUGCAAACACCGACGCUGCUAUACGAGCAACCGACAGGCACCACCGUGACCUUGAACAGGGACACGGUCGACAUCACAGGUACCACCCUUCAUCUGUGGCAACGUUGCUCGCACCGUCGUGGGUUUUUCAAGACCAGCCAGAGAGAUUCGUACAUCGUGUUCGAGUGCGGGACGCCUUGGGGCUCUUGCGGGGGCACUUUCGCACACGGUCGUUGGUUCGAAGAACAUGGUACUUCGCCAACGGGGAUCACUUGUCACACCUGGUGCGGUUGUUACAGUGACGCGGGGGGAAAAAAAGCUCGCAGAUUCUGA